UCUUAACGCAUCGCAGGUGGCACUGUUGGCAUCUGACAGUUGCUGCUUCCCCCGUGAAAUACCAAGCCAAAUGUUUUUCCACAAAGGAACUGUGUUCAGCGGGAGUUAAGGCUGAGAGCACGUUUCAGUUAACUUCUCUGAGACAGUCUGGUUUGUUCAAGACUCGUGUUUUUUCUUUCCGCUCCUGCCUGAAGCUCAGACUGUGUUCAGUGACAGAUUUUUCUUUCCCUCCGGGGUCUGGUGAGGGUAAGACGACGAUCAGCGAAAGUGAAAAUGUUUUUGAAGAACAGCUGAAAUGAAAACGGAAUGAUUUUAUAAGAAACAUCCUGUGUGAAACCACUACUUGUUGCAACUAAUGGAAGCCACUUCAGAAAGGUUCAUUAAUCUAUGCUAUGAAAAUGGUCAUUGGAUGUCACAGCUGCCAGAAACUCUCUGGGAUGUUCCUCUCUAUAACUUAUCUCUUCCAGGGAGCCAUGACACUAUGACUUACUGUUUGGACAAAAGCUCUGAUAUAUGUGUCAAUGAAUCAAAGCUGUUGCAGAUGCUAGAUAAAUGUAUGCCUUUCAUCGUACACCCUAUUAUUAUGAAGUGGUCUAAAACACAGGUACUAAAUGUGUUAGAACAACUGGAUGCUGGGAUUAGAUAUUUGGAUUUUAGAAUUGCUCACAAGACUAAUGACUCUUCUGAGAAUUUGUACUUUGCGCAUAUGGUGUACACAACGGCUGUAGUAGAGGAUGUUCUGUUGGAAAUUUUCAAGUGGUUGCAGGCCCAUCCUCAGGAGGUCGUUAUCCUUGCCUGUAGAAAUUUUGUUGGAUUGACCAGGGAACUUCAUUGUCAUCUUAUCUCCUGCAUAAAAAAGAUUUUCCAUUCUAAACUAUGUCCAAGAGAUGUGGUUCCAACGCUACGGAACAUGUGGACAAAUUGUUACCAGGUUAUCAUCUCCUAUGAGGACGUGACUGAAGUAAUGACACACUGUGAACUAUGGCCUGCAAUUCCAUAUUGGUGGGGCAACAAGACUACAGCCCAUGAUCUUAUCCAGUAUCUGGAAAGUAUGAAACAGAAUGGGCGCCCAGAAGGUUUCUUUGUUGCAGGGAUUAAUCUUACUGAAGACUUAGAAUACAUUUUAGCACAUCCAUUUGGAUCCUUGAAGAAAAUGACCCUUUCAAGCCUGCCUUACCUUAUAGGCUGGAUAAAACAACAGCAUCCAGGACCGGAAAGGAAAUGUAUCAACAUCAUUGCUGGAGACUUCAUAGGAAAUGAGGAUUUUGUGACUGAUGUGAUAGAACUUAACAAAAAAAAUCCUUCCAUUACAUUACCAUAGUAAUAAAAUGGAUUAAAGGAUGUUUUAUGACUUUUAGCUUCAUAAUCAUGGGAUGAUUUGAGUAAAUUUUGAUCAUUUCACAGAGAGGGCAGUUUUCCUGAUUCAGCUAUAUCGUGUGCGUAUAAGUUACAUUUCUUCCUUCCAGGGAUGUUGUGAAGAUUCAUAAUUCGAAGACUGCACCAAAAUGAGACUUUAAAAUAAAAAAUGCUUAUGGCAAGCAAAACUUCCUAUACCGGGGGGAGAGAAGAGCAAGAUCUCUUCUUAAGUUUUUUUAUAGCCCUUGCCAGCUAGGCGUAAUUUAGCUGGGCAGUACAUAAAUUUUGCAAUAACCGGUGUUAGGAUAUUGUCUAACAUCCCUACUCAUCUUUUGCAAAACUUUUGGAAAAUAAACUUAGGUUCACUGCUAGGUUUUUUUCUUUAAAUAGUUUUUAUUUGUGAAAAAUAUUAGGUAUGUAUUUAAAAUCUGCUUGUGUGCGUUUGCAAACCAAACACCAUGGGACAUGCACUAGACUGUGAAACUGAUUAGUUUGUUUUCAUGGAUAAAGGUGCAUGAAAUGUUAAAAGUGUACAAUAUAAUUAGUAAACAGAAAAUGAGUUUUUUAGAAUACAUUUUGAUAAUCUCAGGGAUUACAUUUACUGAUGGUCAUAGUAGUAUCAAAACUGGCAGUGUACCUAAAGAAACCUGACAUGAUUCAAGUUGGUCAUCAGGUAGGCAUUUUGACAUUUUGGAGGGAAACGGCAAUAGCAUACCCAAGAGGGUGCUGAACUGAUACUUUAAUGUCUUUUAAACUGGUAAAUUUAUAAUUACAAUGGUCCUCAGCAAUCUGAUAAGAGUAUGUAGUACACAGCAGUUAUGUUAAGGCUUUGUAUUGCUCCCAUUUUAUAUUCAUGCAAAUUCUGAUGUUAAGGUAGCACAGCUAGGCCCUCUAACUACAUUUUUACCCAUUUAGCUUGAAAUGUUUUAAAUUGAAGGGCUAUUACGUAAGUAAAAUACCAAAAAAGAUUUUCGAUUUUUUUCACACUUCACUUGAACCAGAAUAUACUGUAAAUUAAAGUAUACUUUAAUUUACACUGAUGUAAAUAUUUUCAAUAGCGUUUCAAAGUUGUAGGACUGGAAGUGACCACCUGGGUCAUCAGGUCCAGUCCCUUACCAUUGUUGGCAAUGCUUCCAUAAAUAUAUCAGGCACCACUUUAAAACUAGUCAUUGCCCCCAUGCCACCUAGUGGAAGGCUGUUCCAGAACCUCACUCCAUUAAUGGUUAGAAAUCAGUUUUCAGCCUAGAUUAAUAUUUGUGUAACUGAAAACAGACAUUUCCCACCUCCCCUUACCCAACUGUUUGCUUUAGUUACUAUUAGGGAUGUGAAUAGGUAAUUGGUUAACCAGUUACCUGGUAAGCCUCACCCUUAAUAGGUGAGGCUCUGGUAAUGGUUAACUGUUAACCCCCACCCCUGUGAGCAGCCCAUCAUGGGAAGAGGACUUGCUUUGGCCCCCUGGGGCUGCUGGCUUCCAGCCCGUGGCGGCUGGGAGUUGGCAGCCUGGGGAUUGGGAGGACGGAAGCAGUGCGGUGUGGGGGGGUCUCUACUAGCUCCCAGGUUGUAUGGGUUUGUAGACCUGCAUAGAGCAGCAGCAGCAGCAGGGGCAGGGUGCCGGUCCUCAGCCCGCUGCCUGUGAACCUGGGCAGCCUGGAAGCCAGCAGCCCUCCUUCUCCCACUAGUAUUGCCAGAUGGUUUCAACAAAAAUACUGGACACACUUGACAUUACAUCACAAUCUACAUGACAUCUUAUUUGGAAAAUACUGGACAUUGAUAUUUUCCCAUUGAUAUUUUCUCAAUUUGUUUCACAGAAAGCUCAAAUACUGGACUGUCUGGUUCAAAAGCAGACACCUGGCAACCCAACUUCCUGCAAGAGUCUGCUGACUCACAGCCCGUGAGCCUGCGUGGGCUGAGAGUUGGCAGCCCUGCCCUCCACCCCACUCCCUGUGCGAGGCUACACUUCUAGCCCACGAGGGCUGGAACUGCCCCUUCCCAUGGUGCGGGGGCUGCCCCAACCUGGCCAUGGCAGCGGUGAGGGGGAGGCCACUUCAGUCCAGUGGGUUGGACAAGCCCUGCACUCACCUGUGUUUAAUUAGUUAAUGGGUUAAACUUAAUGCUUAACCAUUUGGACUUUUACAUUCCUAAUUGCUAUUUUGUUAUGUGUACUUGUACAUUGCAAAUGAUGAGGUUUAAGCCAUACACUGCUUUUUCUUUUCUUUUCUUUUUUUUAAAAACUAGGUGCAUUUUUACUGAUCAGAAAAGUGAGGGCCCAGAAUUAUUAGCAAGAGCGAGGAACAGAGGAAACAAGCGUUAUAUAACCUUCACUGUGCUGCUUUGUUAGAAUAAUUCAUUCUUUAAAUGCACAACACACUUUUUAUGCUCCUGGUGGGUUGUUAAGAUGAACAAACAUCUUGUGUGGACAAAACUGAACUCAAAUGUUACUCAUAAGUGUUGUAAGUUCCAGAAAUAAAUGGCAAAAAAGUUACCUCCUUGUGAAACUUCACACUGAUUUAUAGGCAGCAUUUCAGAGGAAACCCAGACAUUGUUUAGAAAUAAUUUUGACUAUCAUGAUAUUUUUUUAUCCAUGUCCUCUCAGUUAUACUGUUGAUAUAGAACAGUAAUGUAUUUUGUUGAAUAUAUAUAAAAUUUCAGUAUGCCACUUGCAUAAAAUGCUGUAUUAUAUGUUUAUAGAUAAAGUUUUUCUGUACAGCAUUAUGAUUUUAUAUAGUAGACAAAAUUUUAUUCACUUCUGAGACACAAUUAUGCUAUUUGCAUCACAGUUCUCUCUAGUUCUGUUACAUAUUCUGUCUCCAGUUGAUUCAUAAUCUAGAUAUGAAAUGGUUUAAGCUGAGAUUUUUCUCUCUGUUUUUGUAAGUAUUACAUUCUUCUAAAUUUAAAUCUGAGGUGUAAUUUCCUUGUCUGCAGUAUUUGAAUCCUGUUAGCUCCCAAUAUGCCUACAACAUACUGGCUGUGUCCAGACUGGCAAGUUUUUCCGCAAAAGCUACGGCUUUUGCAGAAAAACUUGUCAGCUG